GUUUGGAUCCAACCUGGCAACCGUGGAAGAGCAUUUUAGAGGAAAAAACUGCACUCCCGUCUCAGAAGACGGCUGGCUUCUGGAGCUGCGGUCCUUCGUUACAAAUUAUUCCUGUCUCCUUCAACAUCAAAUUUGUGUGGAGCACCAGGAAGAGAAUCCCAACCUCCUGGUGUGGAGCUUCGCUAUAACUUUCUCUGUCACAACAAAACCUUUUGAGAAAGAGGACCACCUUUUUCUCCAAGCUGUGGCUUCUGCACUGAAACCGCAGCUCAAACACAUCUAAGAAGUUGUCUCAGUCUCGAGGAAGUUGCCAUCUAAUCAUUUUGUGGCUACGCCUGUGUGAACCUGCAGCUGACAACAUGGCAAAGAAGAACCAAAAGGAUGCGUCAGGGGUGGUGUUUGACACGCGCUCAAAGAUGGUCAUGUCCCAAGGAGAGCCACCUGAAAGGAUGAAGGAGAAGAUCAACGCCGUCCGGGCAGUUGUCCCCAACAAAAGCAACAUUGAGAUUGUUCUGGUGUUGCAGCAUUUUGAGAACUGCGUUGACAAGGCGGUUCAAGCAUUCUUAGAAGGUAGCGCAGUGGAAAUCCUUAAGGAGUGGAAUGUCACUGGCAAAAAGAAGCCAAAUAAGAAAAAGAAGCCCAAGCCCCAGCAGGAGGUCUCAACAGAACCUGGCCCAUCGGAGGCCACACCACUUGAGGAGUGUAAGGACAAAACCAAUGGCUUCCAUGACAAUGGAUCAGCAGUGGAUGGAGAGUCACUUGACUCCCUGAGUGAACACUUGGACUCUGCGUCCUUGGAUGCAUCAGAGCUGGACUCUGAACCGAUCACGUCUGAAAACACCGCUCUCACGGGUGCAGACGCAGACAGUCCCCCCUCUCAGCUGGGACCAAGUACUCACCAGGGACAUAAAGGCAACAAAACACGGCACCGCCAAGAUUCACAUCGCCAAAACUCAUCUCAUGUACUUCCCGAUGAACAAAGUCAGCAAAGGUCGUCUGGUGGCAAGAAGAUUGCGCCCAACAUUGACCGCUCUGUGAAGGACCUGCAGCGAUGCACUGCCUCACUGACUCGCUACAGGAUGGUGGUGAAGGAGGAGAUGGAGUCCUCUGUCAAAACAAUGAAGCAGGCCUUUGCUGAGCUUCAGGGCAGCUUAAUGGACAGAGAAGUGACACUGUUUGCCGAAAUGGACAAAGUGAAAGCAGAGGCCAUCCUCAUUUUAAACGGCCGACAGAAAAGAGCCGAGGAGCUCAGAAGACUGACAGACCAGUCGGCGUCCAUGUCUGAGGAGCAGCUGACUGAACUGCGAGCUGACAUCAAGCACUUUGUGAGCGAGCGCAAAUAUGACGAGGACCUCGGCAAAGCUGUCAAGUUUACUUUCCAUCUGGAGCCGCUGAAGACGAGCAUCUCCCAAUUUGGAUCGGUGUAUCAUCCCCACACAGGUUACUCUGAUCGAUCCCGUUGCAGCUCCACGUCCUCUGUGGCCAGUCCCAGUGCUGUGGAAAGUCCUCCUCCCACUCAGAGCCCGCCCAGCGAAUUCCGCCCCCCACCGGCCAAGCAGAUUUUCCAAGGCAACAGACGUACGUUCCAUGGCCAAGGCUAUCACUCAGGCGCCCAGCAGCGCUACAACGGUGGCACCAACCACGAUCGAAGUGCCGGGCGCGCCAGCCACCGCUACCAAGGCAACGACGGCCCCUCCGGUUCCAACCCGCAGCAGUCCAACAGGGGCCCUUCCACCUCCUCGUCCAACCAAAACCGAGCGUCCCACAACGGGUUGCCUCAAAGGCUUCCGCGGAUGCCCUGCCCUUGACAUCGGUAAAAUUGCGCCGCUCUCUCCCAGCCCCUUUACUAAUAACCCUGCACUCCCAGGGCCGCCGCCCACUGUCCCGCCCAGCUCCCACGCUCGUCUCAAUGAAGAAUAGAAUCCAAGUUUACAUAUUUUCAUGUUCAUCCUUUAGACUUGAACAGUGUCUUGAUUCGAUGGUUCUCCUCUUCCCCGCACGGAACCCUUGGUAGCGCUGCCCUCGUCGUCAGAAAGCACUAAGAGGAGAAAAGGUGCGAGGAAACCUAAGCUAAUGCUAGCUUGGCGCAGAAGGCUGCUGCUUGUUGGUUCUCCUCUAUACUGUAAAGUUUGUGACUGAGUAAAAAGCUGUGGCACUUUCACAAAGAGUAGUCCUAAUGCUAAGCUAUGCUAAUUAGCCAGACAAAAGGGCAAACAUAUGUUAAAUAAAACACACGCAAAAGUUUUAUAGACGAGGGCUGUUUAUUUUUUUUAAUUUUUAGUGGAAUAAUGUGAAAAACUGAAGUUUCACAACACCAAGUGUCCACGUGCUGUUUGGCUUCUGACCAUCACUUCAACAAACAUCUUCUUCCGCGUUUGCUGUAACAUCGACGACAUGUUUUCCUUUGCUGUAACAUCGACGACAUGUUUUCCUGUCUGUAGAAAAGUCUCUAAAGGAAUGAUUAGGAGAGGUCAUGUCCAUGUAAGAAUAGGACCUUGCUUUUUGCGGACAUUAGAGAAAGAAUUGGCAGCUACGCACUUCCUUGGUGUUGCCGAUGUUGCAAGCAGGAGUCUGAUACCUCAUUGUGGGAAUCAAGCAAAGAAGUGAGCAGGAAGGGGGGGGUGAAUUAAACCAUUUAAAGAUGUCUCUCCCCCUCCCCGAUUUUCUUUAUCCGUAUCCAAGAGAGAUUUCACUUAUUUUCAGUUUUGAAAUGAAAAUUGUAAUUCUGUUGUUGGUGACUGUUGUGGACAAGAGCACCAUUUUGUUUGUAGAGACAUCACCUGUCUUUUUUUUUUUUUUUUUUAAUAGUUUGAGCAUUUUGGGAAAGUCCAAGAAAUCUUCUUCAAAGUUGACCAUAUUUCUUGCUGCAUGUAUUUUGUUCUUGCGCAACAAGAGGAAUAUUGUUUGAAGCAAGCUUUAAAGGUGCUGUUUUUUUCAAGUCUUUAGUUAAUCUUUUAUUAUGGUAAACAAAACACUUAUCUAUCACUUAUAUUUAGCCAAGAUGCCAAACUAUUAUUUCUGACUGACAUUGUUGGGGAAAAAGUAUUUUUGUUGUUGUUGUUGUUGGGCCACAGGGUGAGAGUUGAUGAAAGCAGCUUUUAGUCCAUUGCUUCAAAAAUAGGACGUAUUUUUGUUUGACAUUCCAAACGGUAGGAAUAUUUAUCUUUUCAUCCCGUUGUUGCCUUUCCCCUUUCUUCAACAUCCUGUAUGAGCAAUGUAAUCUCCUCCCUGUAAAUGCAUUUAUGUAACUAUUAUUUGUAUGAUCAAGUUGUGUCCUUGUCACUUCAGAGACAACUUAAGUGCCUUUUCUUCUGUCUCCCACUCACUCAUUCAUCAAACAACCUUCACAGAAGGGACCAAAGAUGUCGAUCAUCCCCAAACACCCUCAGCGCUCUUUCGCCCCACUCAAUGAAUGGCACACUUUUCAUUUAUUACCAAUAAACAGUUUGCAAUA